AUGUUUGUGAACAUUUCGGGAACAGAAGGCAUGCAUGCCUAUUGGGGUCAACUAAUUCUGAAGAAGGAAUUGCCAGAAUUUCUAACAUCUAAGGAAGGGCAUUUAAUAAAGCAAUCUUGGCUUAUUACAAGAGAUCCAAGAUUGUCUGUGCUGGCUUCUAAAAAGAAAAGAGACUUCGAUUUCAAUAUAAACAAUGAUAGUGGGACUAAUGUAAAUAGAAGACUUCAUACACAAAAAAAUGAUGGAUCUUCUGUUUGUGAACAGAAAGAAAUUAUCAAUGAGAAGGCAAUAGCUUUGGAAGCUACAAAAUUCGAAAGAAAUUCUAAUAGCAGAUGA